AUGGACAAGUGUGAUGAGGUCACCUUGGACAAUAAGGCCUGGCCAUCAAAUGAGAUCUGUGAUUCAUAUGUGCAAGCACAGAAGAUGCAUGCUGCCAUGACCAAAAUUUUUUCAUGUGAGUAUGGCCUUGGGUCACUUGAAUGGCAUCGAACCAAGGAUGGUAUGGUUGGCAACCCAUCCAUCUCACCAGAGGUUGCCAAUUAUAUGAGUGGUCGGUCUGUGUCGCUGGAAGCUGGCUGCAAAGCAACCAGUGCACGCACUGUCACAGCAGAUAUUAUGGGCAGGCUUUAUGAUUUUAACCACCUCCCGGAAAAUUGGGCUUUGAAGCAAUACAGCCCCACCUCUAGAAAAGAUGCCGCCAAACUCCAUGAGUGGGGUGGAGGGUUGACAUGUCGGGCAUUGCACGCAAUAUAUACAAUAUCUUUUCUGUGCUUGCUGUGCAUUGAUGAAGUCCUGAAAAUACGAAGGUCCCACAUUGAAAUUCGAGGGAUAAAGCCAUUUUAUCUACACAUACUUGAUGAGGCAGAUGCCCACCUCUGUCCUGUCUGUACACUCGCUGAUUGGAUCAAUACCACUGCCAUCAUCGAGGGCUACAUCUUUCGCAAAAUAGGAUCAGGUGAAUGGCCUGCCGCCAAGGACUCUCCAAUGACCUCUGAACAGUUUCUGGAGCUCUUUUGGAGGUCUUAUCAGUGCCCCCCCUAUUCCUGCACGAUUCCGGUCAUUCCGGUGGAAUUCCGGUGGAUUCCUGUGGAUUCCAGUGGAAUGAAAUUUAGCAGUAAGCCCUGCUAA